GUUCCCAGCUUCACCAUUCUUCCAUCUUUCUCUGCAAUUCCUCUAGUUUCUUUUCUACCAAACAAAACCCUGCUUGUCAUGUAUGGCUUCUACUUCAUCUUUAGCCUUCUCCUCUAAAACUACCUACGAUGUUUUCCUUAGUUUUAGAGGUAUUGAUACUCGUCCAACUUUUACUAGUCAUCUUUAUUCUGCUUUAUGUCGGAAAAGUAUCCCAACAUUCAUAGACGAUGAUCUUGAGAGAGGAGAACGGAUCUCGCCAGCGCUUUUGAAGGCGAUUGAAGAAUCCAUGAUUUCAGUAGUAAUUUUCUCAGAAAAUUAUGCAUCCUCUCGGUGGUGCCUAGAUGAACUGGUGAAGAUCAUUGACUGCCAGAAAGAAAUGGGGCGAAAGAUUUUACCCAUUUUCUAUCAUGUAGAUCCUUCUGAUGUUAGAAAACAGACUGGGAAAUUUGGAGAAGCAUUUGGAAAAGUUAAAGAAAAAUUUAAGCAAAGCUUAGACAUUGUGGAGAAGUGGAGCACUGCUUUAACGGAAGUAGCCAAUCUGUCUGGAUGGGAUUCCAGCAUCUACAGGCAUGAAUCGGAAUUAAUUGACAAAGUUGUCAAACAUAUCAUGAAGAAACUAUAUCCCGUCUCCUUUAGUGCUUGUGAUGAUUUAGUUGGGAUUGAUGCUCACCUCAACGAAAUUCUGUCAUUCCUAUGUAUUGAGAUGGCAGAUGUUCGUUUUAUUGGAAUUUGGGGAAUAGGCGGCAUAGGAAAGACAACCAUUGCUGAAGCGCUUUUCGGUCAAAUCUCUGAUGAAUUUGAUGCUUGUUACUUUCUAAACAACGUUAGGGAAAGUACAGAAAAGCAUGGAUUACUGCAUUUACGACAAAAUCUUUUUUCCAAACUUGUAGGGGAUGAACAUUUGAGCAUACAAACGCCCCGUGUACUUCCCACUAUUGUUUUGGAUAUAUUGAGAAGAAAGAAGAUUUUCAUUGUUCUUGAUGAUGUCAACGAUUCAAAGCAAUUAAAGGCUUUGGCUGGAGAUCAUGGUUGGUUUGGUUCAGGAAGUAGAGUCAUAAUAACAAGCAGAGACAAACAAGUUCUUAGCAGUGUUGACAAAAUCUAUGAGGUUAAGGGAUUGGAUUGUAGUGAUGCUUUUCAGUUGUUAAGUAUGAAAUCCUUCAAACAAAAGUAUCCUCCGACGGAAUAUAUAGAGUUGUCCAAAAGGGUACAAGCUUAUUGUAAAGGUGUUCCAUUAGCUCUCGAAGUUUUGGGUUCCCAUCUGUGCAAGAAGACUCCUGAAGAAUGGGAAAUUGAAUUGAAUAAACUGAAGAGAUAUCCUGACAGCAAUAUUAUGGAAGUCUUAGAAAUAAGUUAUAAUGAUUUAGAUGAAAUGGAGAAGAAAAUAUUUUUAUAUAUUGCUUGUUUCUUCAAUGGAUAUGGCAAAAGCUAUGUAGAAGAUAUACUAAAUGGUUGUGAUUUUCCUACACGUUGGGGAAUAAUUCGUCUAGUGGAUAAGUGUCUUGUAACUGUUGUGAAUAACCUGUUAAAGAUGCACGAUCUGAUAGUGGAAAUGGGUCAAGAUAUUGCUCGGCGGAAGGGUAUCAUAUUAUGCAAUUCUAAUGACAUCUGUGAUAUGUCGACCUCAACUAAUAAUGAGGCAAAUAAAGUUGAAGGCCUACUUUUGAACGUGUCUGAAAUUGGAAGGCUAGAUUUGAAUGAUUCAUUCUUCUCACGGAUGCCCAACUUGAGAUUGCUCAAAUUUUACAGGGAUUGCUCAAAUUUUACCAAAUUCAGAUUUGAAUCAAAUUUAACGGGGAUUGCUCCAAGUCUUCCUUACAAGUUGAGAUUACUUCAUUGGGAGGAAUUCCCUUUCAAGUCUUUGCCAUUAAAUUUUUCCAUGGAAAACCUUGUCCACCUCAUCAUGCCACGUAGCGAAGUUGAAGAGCUCUGGAAUGGAUCUACGUGUUUCCCAAACUUAAAAUCUCUUGAUCUUAGUCGCUCAAAGCAUCUGAAAAUAGUCCCUGAUUUUUCUAUGAUAACAAGCCUGGAAAAGAUAGUUUUUUUGGGUUGUGCGAGUUUGAUUGAGAUUCCAUCAUCCAUUCAGUGCCUGAAAAGACUCGAUUAUCUUUCUCUAACUUUUUGCAAAAAGUUGAGAAGUCUUCCACAAAUGCCGAGAGGCAUAAAAUAUUUAUAUCUCAGUUAUUCUGGAGUGGAAGAGUGGUCUCCGUCAUCUAUCCAAUUUUUUGACAAUCAUGUGUUCGUAAAUAUUUCCCAUUGCGAAAACCUUAUAAGUCUUCCAAGAAUUAUAUAUUGCAAUACUUUAAGAAGACUUGAUAUCAGUUUCUGCCCAAAUCUCAUCAUGUCUCCGCUGAUUAUAGAAAGUUCAGAAGUAUUGCCCUCAUCAAAUUAUGGUAUUGUUAAGUUAGAUUUUGCAGGAUGUAAAAUGCUCAAAAGUCUCCCAAAUGGCACUUGCGAAUUGAAACGCCUUGAGAUUCUGUAUCUCCGUGGCUGUUCAAAUCUUGAGAAAUUGCCUCCUUUAUAUGGUUUAUGCUCCUUAAAGAAGCUAUAUCUAGAUGGCACUGCACUUGUAGAAAUUCCUCCUGACAUUUUUUCUUUGUCAUCAUUAGAAUUACUGUCUCUAAGUGAUACUCCAAUGGAAGAAUUGCCGUCAUCAAUUGGUUGUCUCUCUUCACUUUUUAGUUUGAAUUUGCAGAGAUGUAAAAAGCUUAAGAGUCUCCCAAACAGCAUUUGUGAAUUGAAAUGUCUUGAGACUCUACAUCUCAGUGGCUGUUCAAAUCUAGAGAAAUUGCCUCCUUUAUAUGGUUUAUGCUCCUUAAAUGAGCUAUAUCUAGAUGGCACUGCACUCGUAGAAAUUCCUCCUGACAUUGUUUCUUUGUCUUCAUUAGCAUUACUGUAUCUAAAUGAUACUCCAAUGGAAGAAUUGCCGUCAUCAAUUGGUUGUCUCUCUUCACUUGUUAGUUUGAAUUUGGAGGGAUGUAAAAAGCUUAAGAGUCUCCCAAACAGCAUUUGUGAAUUGAAAUGUCUUGAGACUUUACAUCUCAGGGGCUGUUCAAAUCUAGAGAAAUUGCCUCCUUUAUAUGGUUUAUGCUCCUUAAACAAGCUAUAUCUAGAUGGCACUGCACUUGUAGAAAUUCCUCCUGACAUUUUUUCUUUGUCAUCAUUAGAAUUACUGUAUCUAAAUGAUACUCCAAUGGAAGAAUUGCCGUCAUCAAUUGGUUGUCUCUCUUCACUUGUUAGUUUGAAUUUGCAGAGAUGUAAAAAGCUUAAGAGUCUCCCAAACAGCAUUUGUGAAUUGAAAUGUCUUGAGACUCUACAUCUCAGGGGCUGUUCAAAUCUAGAGAAAUUGCCUCCUUUAUAUGGUUUAUGCUCCUUAAAGAAGCUAUAUCUAGAUGGCACUGCACUUGUAGAAAUUCCUCCUGACAUUGUUUCUUUGUCAUCAUUAGAAUUACUGUCUCUAAGUGAUACUCCAAUGGAAGAAUUGCCGUCAUCAAUUGGUUGUCUCUCUUCACUUGUUAGUUUGAAUUUGCAGAGAUGUAAAAAGCUUAAGAGUCUCCCAAACAGCAUUUGUGAAUUGAAAUGUCUUGAGACUCUACAUCUCAGUGGCUGUUCAAAUCUAGAGAAAUUGCCUCCUUUAUAUGGUUUAUGCUCCUUAAACGAGCUAUAUCUAGAUGGCACUGCACUUGUAGAAAUUCCCCCUGACAUUGUUGAGCUAUGCAAAUGCAAUCCUUACAUAUGCCUAGAAGCCAAUUUUCUGGAGCAAUUAGAAGAAACAGCAAAUGCCAACAAUAAGAGAAGCUUGGAAGACCUCUACUCCAGUAAUAUCGACGGCAACCAGGAGGUGGAAACACACCCUAAAAGAUUGAGGCCAAACUUCUUUAUGGAUGAUCAACUUUCAAAUUUCUUUGAAAUUCGUCCCUACUAAUUGUGGAUAACUAAG